GAAAAUAUGAAAAAUUAAAAUUAAUGGAAAAUGAAUUAAGUUUAACAUUUGAAUUCUUUCCAACCAUUUCCCAAAUUAAUAGUGAAUCACAACCGUCACAAAAAACUUAUAUUAACCAUAAUAUUUAUCAAUCAAUUGUGAAUCAUAAUUAUAGAAGCGCAUUAAUUUUAGAAGAUAGUAUAGAUUUUGAAUUUAAUAUCAAGUCAAUUAUGGUAGAUAUCCAUCGCAUAUUACCACCUAAUUGGGAAAUUUUAUAUCUUGGUCAUUGCAACAAUUGGGAAGGGAAAUCAGGUGAACCUUUGCCAGAUUACAAACAUGGACAAUCUAUUUAUAAACUUUUUAUAUCUUAUAGGCCAUAUUGUACACAUGCUUACGCUGUUUCACAUAGUGGUGCUCUUAAACUAUUGAAGAAACUUGUUAACUUAACAGCCCCAAUCGACCUUGAAUUAACUAAUAUUAUUACAGCAAAUGAAAUUAACUCAUAUACUAUUAUUCCACCGGUUAUAUCGAGAUGUCAUAUUUCUGAUGAACCAAUAAAUCUUUAUCCAGGAAGAGAUACAUUAGAUUUGUACUCUUUAAAUCAUUCCACUUUACAUUCCCUUGGACUUAAUUAUGAAUUAAAUAAUACUCUCGGCUUUAGUCACAUUUACGUUAUUAAUCUUAUAAAUCGGCAAGAUAGACGCGAAAAAUUAGAAAUUUUAGCCAAGAAACUUAAUUUAAAAUUCGAAUUUUUUCCUGCUGUUUCUCAAGAUGAUGAAAAUGAACUCAAAGAACUUGAAGUUAAAAACUCUAUUUUAAAACCAUCUCAAAUUGCUUGUUAUCUUAGUCAUUAUAAAGUAUAUCAAUCAAUAAUUCAACAUGGAUACGAUAGCGCUUUGAUAUUAGAGGAUGAC